AUGGCCACGCCCCCGCACAAGGACGCCUCUCUGGCCACGCCUCCGCGCGAGGUUUCUCCGCCUGGCCACACCCCCACGAGGAUAGCCCGUAUGGCCACACCCCCGUUAACCAAGCCACGCCGAUCACGGGCCCCGAGGACUGAGCCCUCACCUGCCCUGUCCUGCGUGGGCCCGCCCCCUGCGCCCCCGCCCUCUAUGGCCCCGUCCGGCAGGCACAUCGCAGGCCACGCCCCCGGAAGUCCCGCCCGCCGUGGCUCCGCCCCUCAGAUCCGCUCCCGCGCCUAUGCCGCGGUUGAUAGCAGAGGCGUGGGGCGCUGCGCGCGUCGGGCGGCUUUGGCGGACCCGGCGCCUGCUGACCGCCACCUCGUUGCUCCUGGUCCUGGGGCGGAUGGGCUCGGAUCCGGUACUCCCCGAACCGUGCGCGCCCCACUUGCCGGCCAGACCCCGCGGUGGCUGCUGCGCAGCCCAGUCACCCAGCUGGUGUCCCUGCAGUGGAACCUCAUACGUGAAGAUGGCCGGAAGGUUCCCCUGGAACAGGCGAACCACUCCUGCUGGCUGCUGGGCUGUGUCCCCCUGGGCAUGAGCUGUGACCGGUGGGGCGCUGCCCAUCCCUCCUGCCUCCGCUGCCCUCUCCUCCAGCCCUCAGGGUCCUGGCCUGCAUCCAUGAGGCUUGAUUGCCAAGCUGGAUUCGUGGCCUCCCUGGUGCUGGCCACAGGCCUGGGGGAUAUCAGGGCCCUGGCUGCCAGCAUACCCACCCUGCUGGUUCUGCACCUGCUUCACAGGGUGGCAGGGGGGCCUUGGUGGGGGUCUCCCUUGCCCUCCCACGUCCUUGUGCUCUGGGGGUGCCCACUCAGGCUAGGCUUCCAACCCUGCUGGAGGGGGCAUGGGAGGCUGGCACUCGAGCUGAGGGUACUUCUCAGAAGGCAGGGGGCAUACUCCCCACACCGCCUGGCAGUCUCUGUGGGGCCCCUUUCCUCGGUGGCGGGCACUCUGCUGUCUGGCCUGGCCCUGCUGCCAUAGGACUGGCGCCUUCUGCAGGUGCCCUGCUGGCUGGCACAGGGGCAGCUGGCCAGAGCCAGAAAGAUCCUGUGGUGCUCUGCAGAAGCUGGGGGUGGGGCCCCCGAGGACCGCUCGGAGGAGCUGCACUCCCCAGCUCUGGCAAUGCCCCAGCCAAGGAGAAGGGGGGGCCUGGGCGCUGGAGGAGGGGAGAGGUGGCAUCGUUUAUGGCCACAAAGCCGGAUGUGCUGUCUGCGAGCAGCCCCCAGCCCCGGCACACCCAUCUCCCCUGCAUUCCCAGGGGCGUCAGAGCCAGCUUCCUCGGCAGCCUGGUCCCACGUGACCCGUCUUCUGCUGGCCCUACUUCCUGGUGACUGGACUGGAGGUGGCAGCCGCCACAUUCCUGCUCCUGAUGGGGGAUGGCUGGGGGCACCCCCAGUCCCGCUCCUGGGCGCUCUGGUCAUAGGCCUGGCGUCCCUGCUGCUCCUUGCUGGGCCCAGGAUGGGUUCUGGGGGGUCAUGGCUGGGGCUCAAGCUGGGGCUGUCCCAUCACCAGUGCACAUCACAGGGUCUGCGUGGCUUCUGCCUGCACAACAUCCUCUCUGCCUCCUUUGCCAUCCCUGCCCUGCUGUGUGCCUGCUGCUGCCCGAGAGCCUGGCCACGGGGUGCCAAGAUCACAAGACACCAACCACUUUUGCUGCUCCUACUCUGGUGGGGCCUUCUGCUGCCCCCUCCCCCAUCUGCCACCAAAAGCCAGGGGAUCAGAGCUGGAUAGGCACACCUCCCGUAAACAGCCACGUGUCAGAGCCUGCAGAGGUGUCCCUGGAGGACCGGAGAGCACCACGUGAAAGGAGAGCCCUGGGCACCCCAUCACAUAUGGAGGAUGGACCCCUCUAAGACUUGGCAUCCUCCCUGGCGCUUCCCU